ACAGCCGCACCGUGUUCGCGCCAGUAGCUGCUGCUGCGCUUUCCCAGAAACCGGUACUGGUACGUUUUACUUGUCAGUUCGACGAUUAACAAGCAGAGUAACAUAGGAAAAAAAUGCUUGAUCUAAAAUUGCGAGAUUUCCGCUUCUUUUAAUCGCAGGUGUGGUCUAAAAUUCAGCGAAGCCGGCGAGCUAACAUUAGCUUUCGCGGCUCAGCGUCAGGUUCAAACGCCGAUUUUGGAGAAACGUAAAUCCGAUAAAAACCAACUGUUUCCUUCCAGUAUUGCUGCAGUGCACCGACCAACCGAAGAAAUGCUGAGAAUAUCUCUUCUGAAGGUCGAGAACCCGUCGUGCCUCUGGGGUCGGGUCAUUCGGGGUCCCGACGGCGACGCAGAGAGUCCUGAACAUUACAGCAAGCUGCAUCUUCAGAUGAACCUCUUCUACCGUGAACCCACCCUGGAUGUGCACAGGCUGAAGCCCACGCCAUUGGAGGAAGGACAGGUGUGCGUGGUGUACUGGGCGGCGAUGAAGUCGUGGUGCCGGGCCGUGGUGGAGUCAGUCAUCAUGGACUCCGUCUGCUGUCAAGCUCGCUGCCUUCUGGUCGACCACGGAGAACGAAUCGUCGUCCCCUCAGAGCAGAUCCGGGUAGCGAUGGAGAACUUCCUUCAGCUGCCUUUCUGGGUGAGAAGGUUCCACCUGGCGGGCAUCAAACCAACAACCCUGCGAGUGUCUGUGUUUGAGGAGAAGGCAGAGCUCAGGCCGUCGGCUCAGUGGGACAGCUCAGCCACGCUCUACCUGCACAGCCUGCUGCGAGCAUCGACCCACACGGAGGCCGUGCUGCUUGAAUCUGAGUCAGACUCCACCGCCCUUGAGCUUUACCUGACCGCUGGUGACAUCAAGAUCUGUGUGAACGAUGACCUGGUGGUGAAGAAGUUUGCCUAUUACAGUACAAAAUCAGGCGGCCUGGAGGACUGGGACCGACUUCCUGCCAUGCUGUCCUCGAGCAUCUUAACCCAGACCGUCUCAAACAAGCCGACGGCACAAACCCAACCUCCUCCUGAUCAGCAGAGUCCACCAGCAGGGGCAGGUGAUUGGCUUACAGCUCCCUCCCAACCUCAGACUGAGCAACACAAGCCGGUGAACCUUGAAGGUGAUUGUUGGUCAAAGCUCACAGAACAACAGCUGUUUUCAAGCAGCCAAUCAAAGAGCGGCUCAGACACUAGUGCUGCUGCAGAGAGCGACUCAUCAGAGGACAUGGGCUCGUCUCUGGCUGCAUCUCUCACUGAAAAACUGCACCUGUUCAGGUUCCUAAAGUUUCUGAAUCCCGGCAGCAGCUACGAGCCGGCUGCUCCCAGCGACGAGGAGGCGUUGCUCCUGAUGAGCAGUGGAAAAACUGGAGCUGAGAAGCUUCAGAGCAGUCAGGCCGAGUAUUUGGCAGAUGAAGAGGGAAGCGGUUCCAGUAGGUCUGUAGAGUCAGCACAGGCGGAUGAGCCCCCGAGGAGCGAAGAGGACCGGGCCUGUUCACGGUUUUUGGAGUGGUUGAACCCAGAUUCUCUGAACCCAGAUCCUGACCCCGAAGACGCUGUGGUUUCUCCCACUGCCCCCAGGACGAGUGGGAUUCUGGUGCAUUCUGCCUUCCCAGUGGAGCCCUGGAGCAGCCUGGAUGAUGCCCCCAUCGCAGACCCGCUCCGCUGGGUGUUGCGGCAGAAGCAGUACAGGGCUUUGACUCAAGCUGACUGUUACAGCUGGCCAGCUGUGGCUCGAGGAUGCAACACCAUCAUUAUCUCCAACAGUGCAGACCAGCCACUCAGCUACCUCUCCCCCCUCCUCACCCACAUACUGCUAAACUCCGUCUUCACCUCCCACACCUCCAGCUCAGGGCCCAUAGCUGUGCUGCUGUGUCUGGGCUGGGAGAAGGUCCAAGCUGUUUAUGACCUGCUGGAGGCGCGCAAGGUCUCCCAAAACCUCCACCCCACAACUGUGCUCCUGGGCGUCGGCAAAGAUGAGGCCAAGAGUGUCAAGAUCCCCAAAAACUGCCUGCUGUUGAUAUCCACUCCUUUCAGUCUGGUCCGUCUGCUGUCCUGUCACUGCUUCCUGUUCCUCCGGCUGUACCACCUGGUGCUAGACGAGGCUGACCAGCUCUUUACUCAUGCUCCAGAUGAGAUGGAAACCAUCCUGCAGCACUUCCAGAAGGUGACCUCCAGCGAGGAAAACGCUUCCUGUCCCCAGCAGCUGGUUGCCGUAGCAAAAAGAUGGACCAGUCACAUGGAGGGUUUGUUAUCCAGUUACAUGCCGUACCCCAGCGUUGUCAUAACCGUCCCAGAGGAAGCUGCUCUCUAUGGUAACGUUCAGCAGAUCAUCGUCAUGACUCUGGAGAGCAAUAAGAUCUCAGGCCUGUUGGGAACGUUGGCUCUCAACUCCGACGUCACCCAGAAGACGCUCAUCAUAGUAAACUCUAUUCAGGAGGUCGAGGAUGUGUUCAAGGCUGUGAGCAGCAGGUCAGUUUUCUGCCUCAAGAUCCAAGAGGGGUUAACCCACGAGAUCGACUUUGUGAUCCAGCAGUGGGAGAAGGACAUCGACCCCGGGACUCACGUCAUUCUGGUGACCACCAACGAUUGUCUGAAGUCUCUGGGCAUCAGAGAUGCAACGUGUGUCAUCCACUACAGUUUCCCCUCUUCUCCCAAGCUGUUCGGCAUCCGACUCUUCUGCAUGGUCGAAAACUUCAGAAACCUCUCAACACGAAAUCCAACACAGAGCUGCCAUCAGGUCACCAGGUCAGUGCUGCUCAUCUCAGAGAAGAACGCUCGCCACGUCAACGAAGUUCUGCGCUACCUGAGACGGACGAAUGCCCUCCUCCCCCCUGAUUUGCUGACCUUCGCCCAGGGGGUACGUGUGGCACGCGAAGGCCAGAAGAUGGACCGCCCCCUCUGCAGCUACCUGAAGAGCUUUGGUGUCUGCAGAGACAACAGCAUCUGUCCUGAACGCCACCGCUUCAUCUCACAUCUGGAUCAGUCUGAGCUCCCUGCAUCUGGAGCCAUAGAGGUUGUGCCUCUCUACAUUAAGACAGCGUCAGUCUUCUACGGUCGCAUCAUCAGGAAGGAGGAUGGAAGCUUUGAGAAGAUGGCCUCUGAGAUGGCUUCUUACUACGCUGACAAGAAGCCUGGAGCCAAGGAGCUGUUGGAAGGAGGACUCUAUGCUGUGCAGGAGGACGAUGUCUUCCACAGGGUGAAGAUCCUCUCUGUACCUGACAGGAACAACCGGCUGUUUAUCAGCCUGCUUGUUCGCUUCAUCGACGUGGGAAAGGAAGAGGAAGUGAAAUCCCAUCAGAUCCUUCAGCUACCAGAACAGUUUCACGCUCUGCCCGGACAGGCUGUGGAGAUCAUCGUCUGCCGGGUCAAACCAGUCGAUUCUGAGAGCAGCUGGCACCCCAAGGUCACCAGAGCCAUCAGCAAGAAGAUCCGAGGACUUCAGCAUCGAGCCAGAGCAGUCCUCAGCCUGGGAAACACAGUUUUUGUUGAUCCAAUGGUUCGGGUCACCCAGGUGCCAGGUAUGAAAACGGUCAUCAAUGAAUACAAUGUCCAGACAGAGAUCCUGAACACUGGGAUGGGAAUGAGCAACCCGGAGCAUCUGGACCUGCUGAGGGAGCUGUGUGAGGAGGGCAGCAGCUGUGAGGACACGAAUCAUGCGUCCUGGCCGGGAGACAGUUGGCCAUCUGUGAAGGUCAGGAUUAAAGCUGAGGAUGGUGUUCUGGUCAACACCUUCAGGGUUGCAGAGGUCAGGAAGCUGAAGGCUCCAGACCUUCCUCACCUAGAGCCAAUGAGUCCUCCUUCAGGAAACCAGUCCCUGGUCCCAACACCUAAAGUCCACCUGGGCCUAGUUUGUGGUCAGAACUCCCAGUUGGAGAGUGAGGCUGAUUUUGGACAGAGAAACACCGUUAAAAAGCCAGCUGAGCAGAUGGAGAGCACCACAGAUGGAGAAGUUUGCCCAUCAACCAGCUCCACUGCUGCUGUGAACCAGGGGGAAAAAGGUGUGCAGGAAGGUGCUGAUCAAAGCAGCAGGCAGCAGGUCAUCAGCACCAGUGGAACAGACUGUGAUAAUGCAGCACGAAGUUUCCACCCUCUGAUCCGCUGGUGCCAGACGUCCGACUCUGUGAUCAUAACCAUGAAGCUGAUGAACCCGGAGAACCAGUGCUGCGACUUCUACGCGGACCGAGUCGUUUACAGUGGCAGAGUGAACGGACGCUCCUACAGAGCCGACCUGGAGCUUCACCAGAAAAUCGCAGCUGACGUUUGCAGCUGGGAAAUGAAAUCCAACGAACCAGUUCUCAGACUGGUGAAGCAGCAGCCGGGAGCCUGGGAGAAGCUCCUCAGGAACAAGAAUAUAUUUGUGAGUUAUGACAUGGGCGACUUUGAGGAUGAAGAUGAAGCAUCAAAUGGUCAGUGGUUUCUGGAGGACACGGUGGAGGAAGAAAAGUGCUUUCUGGACUCAAAGAGCAGCAGUAAGAGUGACAACUAAAACACCUCAAGCUCAACAUCCUGCGACCAUCAUCAGGGUCAUCACCUGUGCUGCAGGGUCUGUGACCUUUGAUUCCCUCAUGAUUGAGUCCACAGAGAGUCCAGCUGCACAGUCUGCAGCCUCCACAAUGACCUUUGACAUUUCAAGUGGAAACAGAUGAAGUGAAAAAUUAAUUUAGAGUUGCAAUAAGAAAAAGGUUCAUAUUUUCUGUUUCUGCACAGACUUUUCAGAGACAGGAGGGAUGCUUCACUGCAUAAGACGGUGGAGUUAGCCAAAUAAUAGUGAUGAUGUCACAUAUAUGGUGCUGUUCCUCCUGUCCUCCUCAGUUUUCCCAUGCACAUGUAUUUGUUGAGGAAAGUGGUGUAAUAUUAAGGUCUUUCUCAUCAGUUUGGAGGACGAGCAGCUUCGGCUGUGGGCUCCGCCCCCUUCAGGUCCUUCGGUUGGGCUGCGGUCCCGACUUUAACGUGUUCCAUCACCUUUCCUCAGGGCACCAGCAUUUAUUCCCUGACAUUUCCCUUCACAAUCCACAGAACCAGUUUAAAAUUAAUGGUUUCAUAAAUGAUGGUGAGCCCUCCAGAUUUAUCACAACAGGCCCGAUUCAUGACAUCAUCACUUUUAAAAGAAGGAAUCGGACUCUCCAAACAAAACUGAUUUGAAUAAAAAAAAGUUAAUUCAUCCACAAAACGGUUUUCCAGCUCACCUGCUUUUGUCUGUGCUCAUGUCUCAGAUGGUACAUCCUCUCCUCGCUUCUCAGUCCCUCCCACCAGAGAUGGGAACACAGGAGGUGGAAGAGCCCAGAACAAAAUCAGAGCCUGGCUUCAGAGCCAUCAUUUCAUCUACUUGUAGUGUCCCUCACCCUGCGUGGUUUGUGUAUUGGAGCUCUUACAGCUCCUGCAGCCUCCUGUCCUCCUCGUACAUUGUAGGAAUGGAGACGAGGGUCGCAGCCUUUUCCCCUCACAGUCGUUCUGGCUCGUUUUCCUUCUUUUUUGGCUUUCUUUGAAGAAUCAGAUGCUUGAGGUCAUAUUUGUCAUAUUUGCUUUUGUCCUGCAACAAAACAGGUUAAAACCAGAUGGAACAAAGAUAUUAAGUUUUAGUGCUUACAGGCUGUUUGCUGCUGGCACAAAGGGCCCGUGCCCUGGAUUGGUUUGAAGUGAUCAGCUGGGAUCUCGUGUGAACAUCUAAGUUAAGAAAGCCAAGACCAGGUUUAUGUUUCAGUUUUUGGGAGAAAUUUAAAAGGUUUUCUGUAAAUUUGCAUGUUUAGAAGUUUAAAACUUGUCAAAAUAUGAAGAUAUGACUUUCUAUCCAAAACAUCUUUGUGUUUUAAGAUACGAGCUGAAGUUGAUCUAAGGCCGGGCCGUACUCGUGUGGUGCAGUGAGUCAUUCAGCCCGAUCUAAGCUAAUGGGAGGGAAGGCGAUGUGACACCAGAGCCCUCUGCAGGGAUAAUCAGCACCAUGUGCAUUUGAUUUCAGGGUGAACUGUCCCUUUAAUUCAGUAUAAAACGCCCCCCCGUCCUGCUGCACAGAUACGUCCUGAUGUGCUCUUGGGUCAGAGGAGAAGCUGUGAGGGAGCUUUAAUGACUUCAGUAAAACUGAGUUUUGAUUUGACUCCAUUUCAGAGUCUGUGGUGCGUAAAUGACCUCGAGAAGAGCAGCUUUUCAUCGUGCAGCACUUUUUACAACAAUCUCAGAGCGAGCCCAAACGAAGUGGACGGAUAAACGAAGAUUUACAGAUUCAAGAGUUUGGAAUGAAAAUGUUCCCUUUAAAUGUCACAGCUUUGUGUGGCGUUAAUAAGCUGAUGGGCUCACAGUGUCUGCUCACUUUAUACCUUCAUACUCAGUCACCCUCAGGACAUGUUGGCUCGUUCUUCUUCCACAGGAGAAACAGCAGCAGGUCUACGAGCUGCAAACAGAAGCAGCUCGUAGACCUGCUGCCUCAGUGGGUUUGAAGUCAGUUGAUGUGACUGAAGUGCAGACCUUCAGCUUUAAUUUGAGGGGUUUAAUAAAGUUUUGCAUCAACUAUUUAUGACUCCACCCCACGCUGUAGCGUUGCCUCCACCAUGUCUCCACAGGUGGUGUGGUGUGCUUUGGGCUUCUGUCUUGGUUUCAUCUCUUCAGGCCCUUCAAGAUGUUUGUUGACCUUCAGUUAUGUGUCCACCUCCUCAGGAGUGUUCCCAGGUCAGCUAGGUGAUGUGAAGUUGUGUCUCAAUCAUGGAAAUGAUUCUGUGAUCAUCCACGUCAGUCUUUCAGGCCUUCUGGUCCUGCUGACCCGCUCAGUGCAUCCCUUCCUAAAGUUUUUGCCGCCUCCAUCACUUACUGAAAAGCUUCUGAAUAAAAUUUCAACACUUAGAAUAAACUCCACAUCUUUCACCUGCUUCGUUUGUCCUGGAAGGAGCCGUUUCAAGGCCACAAAACUGCUCAUCAGUCACCUGUCCAGUUAUUUCUGAGCCUCUGAAAAUGGUGAGAACAGUUAAUGUGAUCCUUGAAUCGUACUGAAAAGGAGGAGCUGGGGUGGAGGCGGGUUGCAAUGUGGCCAGAGCUUCUCUAACAUGGAUCCAGCUCCACUCUUUUAAUGUUGCCUGUUAGAAGCACUGAUAGUAAAUCCCCGUAUUUAAAAAUAGCUUUGGUUAAAAGCUCGGCAGCUGCGGUCAGAAACGACGGCACACUCAGAAGAUCUACUCUCAGCUUUUAAACACAUGUGCCUCCAACAUGAGAGGGAGCGGGGUAGGAAGGACGGGAAUUCUCCUGCAUGAAACACAAAAAUCACUGAAGCACCUGAAAAGCGACUCUUCUCUCCAUCAGCACCAACUCCUGGAAAGAAAUGAUCGAAUUAGGUGAGGAGAAAACGAGCAAAUGGAGAUGCAACUUUGAGUGUAGGGAAUGAAUUUUCUGCUCCCUUUAGGGGGCGCCACAGUGGAUCAUCUGCCUCCAUCCCCACCAUCCUCCUGUCACUCCAACUCUCUGCAUCUCCUCCUUCACUGCAUCCAUGAACCUUCUCUGAGGUCUUCCUCAUUUCCUCCUGCCUGGCAGCUGCAGCAUCCUCAAACUCUUCUCAGUCUGGCUAAUUCUGCCCCCUAGUGGUGAAAGAUGUGGUGAAGCUUUGCAGAAAGUCAUUUUUAUUUUCCUCGUUAUACCUUUGACAUCUUUUUUUUUCUGCACUGCUGAAUGUCACACCUUUAUAAAUCACAGAACUGCAGUUCCAAGAAAGGAAAAUGGCCGAUUUAUGAGGAAAAACUUUUAUUUUAAUGAUUUAUUGUUAUGUGAAGGGUGCGUCAGGAAGCUGAAAGCAGCUUAAGUUGGAAAGAAGCCCUGGGACCAAUAACAUCAUUAAAGCCAUCCCCCUGGCUCUAAUGCACUGUUGAAGGACCCAGUAUUUAAACAGCUCCACCUGACGUAGAUCCUCCGUGUGAACCACUUUGGAGCUGCUGGUUUAAAAAGUGCUGCAUGAAAUUUGCUGUUCAGUCUCUGAACCGGAUUCUGUGCCAGUCAAAGGAACAUGUGAACAAACCCAGAGGAUCUGAACCGUUCAUUCCUCUUAGACGAUCCAGAUCAGCUGCUCCUCUGCUCCGAGCUUCAGUCGGCUGCUUUUUGUGUUCUCCUGCAGACAAACUGCAGUGAAGUGUGAGAUGUGUGUAAUCGGGUGUAGGUGAAGGUUUUCAGGGCCUCCUGGUCUAAAAUUCAGUUUGGAGUGUUUAACUCAGCUCAGUUUUUCUUUACUUGUUCUGUAAUCUUUUGAUUUUGUCACUUUGUGAAUCCAAUAAAAAUGGUUUGUAAAGCGA